AUGGCUAAAAACAUGAUGAAAUACACCAAUCUUGGUGAGUCCGGCUUAAGAGUCUCUCGCAUCUGCGUAGGCUGUAUGUCCUUCGGCAGUCCUCUCAGCGCAUUCGGAAGCUGGGUCCUCGAUGAAGCUGAUGCCCUCCCUAUCAUCAAGGCAAGCUAUGAAGCCGGUAUCAAUUUCUUCGACACAGCCAAUGUCUACGGCAACGGAACAUCCGAAGAGAUCCUCGGAGCCGCCAUCAAAAAAUACUCACUCCCACGUGAUAACCUUGUUAUCGCGACCAAAGUUUGGGCGCCGGUUGGCAAGAGAAACGAGGAAGGAUGGGAAAAUCCACUUUUCACGACGCCCGAUGAGAGAGAUGCGAAUGGCUAUAUCAAUGCCUACGGAUUGAGCCGUAAACACAUUUUCGAUAGUGUGGAUGCGAGUUUGAAACGUUUGGGGUUGGAGUAUAUCGAUUUACUACAGAUUCAUCGAUUUGAUGCUCGGACGCCCGUGAAGGAAACGAUGAAAGCGUUGCAUGAUGUGGUGCAGAGUGGAAAGGUGAGAUAUAUUGGUGCGUCUAGUAUGUUCGCGCAUCAGUUGUUGGAAAUGCAGUAUACGGCGCGCUUGCAUGGGUGGACGGAGUUUAUCAGCAUGCAGAAUCUGCAUAAUGCGGCCUAUAGAGAGGAAGAGAGGGAGAUGGUGCCGAGCUUGAAAAAGUUUGGUAUGGGUAUGAUUCCUUGGAGUCCAAUUAUGAUGGGGUAUUUGGCGAGACCUCAUGAUCAGGCUGCAGAAAGUAACAGAGGAAAGUCCAUGGGCGGAAAAUUCAUGGGGAAUGACUUGACGAAUGCAGAUUUGAAGAUCAAUGAGAAGAUUCAGGAGAUCGCAAAGAAGAGAGGAGUCAGUAUGGCGAUUGUGGCGAUGGCUUGGAGCUUGGGUAAGGACUAUGUUACCGCGCCUAUUAUUGGAAUGUCGAAGAUCGAGAGAGUUCAGGAAGCGGUUGAUGCUGUCAAUUUCGAGCUGACUAAGGAAGAGGAAGCGAGUAUUGAUGAGUUGUACGAAUCCAGGAAAAUCAUUGGAUUCUCCUAG